UAGAAGCUAGCAUAGUAAGAAUAGACGAAUACUACAUAGUCUCUGGUGCAGCUUGUUUAGUAAAUUGCAAUGGAAUAUCUAAUGUUAUGGGAUUGAUCCACAAGUCAAAAAGACUUUGUCACAAGUAUAAUAUUCGUUUUCUCUCUGCUAACAUUUCUAAUACGCAAGGCUGUGUUUCUUUAGGAAACAGAAUUUUGAAUAUAACAGAAGGAAUAUUGGGAUUAAACUGUGGAAUACCAGUUAUUGGAACUGUCGCGCAAUAUAAUUAGAUUACAAAGAUAAUCAGGUAUGGGAAUUAUCAGAUCUUUAAAAUCAGUAUCAAGAUGAAAAAAUCCAGUGGUAAGACGUAUGCUUCCAGUCAGGAGGACAGUGAGAAUGACAGCGAUGUAACGGAAUGCAGUAUCGGAAGCAAUUCCACCGCUGGUACUCAUAGGAGCGAUACGCCCACUCGCAGUGCCCGUUACAAAAGGAAAGGUCGUCGCAGAAGUAAAACGGCAAAGUACAAACCUUCCACGGACAAGCCGUUGUACAAAUACUGCUGUAGCGUCAAGGAGGAUCAUGGACAGCCUUUAUUUGGAGUUCAAUUCAAUUAUCAUUUGAAGGAAGGUGAACCAAUGAUAUUUGCCUCUGUCGGUAGCAAUCGCGUAAGCAUCUACGAGUGUCCGCAGAGUGGAAAUAUACGGCUGCAACAAUGUUACGCCGAUCCCGACACGGAGGAGAACUUUUAUACGUGCGCGUGGACGUACGACGACUCCGGGAAGCCUCUAUUAGCCGUGGCGGGAUCACGCGGAGUUAUUCGAAUUAUCAGUCCUUCGACAAUGACUUGUAUCAAGCAUUACAUCGGCCACGGGCACGCGAUAAACGAGCUGAAGAUACAUCCGAGGGAUCCGAACAUUCUACUGUCCGCAUCGAAAGAUCAUGCGUUAAGACUGUGGAACAUAAAAACCGACGUAUGCAUCGCGAUCUUCGGUGGCGUGGAGGGCCAUCGAGACGAAGUCCUGAGUGCCGAUUUCGACAUAAGAGGCCAAAGAAUCAUCUCGUGUGGAAUGGACCAUGCUCUUAAGUUAUGGUCCUUGGAAAAACCAGAUAUGCAGGAGGCGAUAAAACAGUCUUACCACUGCAAUCCCAGUCGCAAUGGCAGACCCUUUGACUCGAUACUCCAACAUUUCCCAGACUUUACCACUCGCGACGUUCAUCGAAAUUACGUCGACUGCGUGAAAUGGUUCGGCGACUUUAUUCUGAGCAAGUCCUGCGAAAAUUGUAUUGUGUGCUGGAAACCGGGUAGGCUUGAGGACUCACAGCUACGUAGUGGAGAAACGAGCGCGACGGUUUUACACCGUUUUGAAUUUAAGGAGUGCGACAUUUGGUUUAUACGCUUCUCUAUGGAUUUCUGGCAGCGCACAAUCGCCUUAGGGAAUCAGGUCGGUCGCACCUACGUUUGGGACUUGGACGUGGACGAGCCCGGCCAAGCGCGCUGCUGGUCGCUUCAGCAUCCUCGUUGCACUGCGCCAAUUCGCCAAACCAGCCUGAGCCGAGACGGCUCUGUGUUACUAUGCGUCUGCGACGAUGCGACAAUCUGGAGAUGGAAUCGCGAUCACUAAUUCGAGACCAUUUUAUCACGAUGACAGAAGACGUGCCUUUUCACGUAUAUACUGAGCCAUAUUGAAUAUUUGUGUUUUUUAUAGCAAUACUUAAAAUCUAAGAAACUUAAUAAUCUAUUUAGAUUAAUUCAAAAUCUUUGAAUACAAAUGCAAUACAUGUACAUGUGAGUAUAAUCAAAAAAUUGCAUUCCUAAUGAGUUGCCAAGUAUUGAACAUUUUUAAUAUACAGACUGCUAUUCGAUAAUUGUCGACAUAGCUGUAGUUUUAAUGGAAAAGGAACAAUUAAAUUCGAAAAAAAUUAUAGAAUUAUAAAUGAAUGAAUGACAUUGUAGAAAUCAGAAGAAAAUUGUUUUUAUAUCUUUACAAAUACAAAUAGAAAAUCAGUUUUUUAUAUCUUACAAUAUACAAGUGAUAUUACAUGGAUUUAUUUUUUUUAUAACUCACAAGAGUUUGUCCUAAAUUUGUCAAAGUAAUGAAUUGUUUUAAUAAAUUGUAAUUUGUAAUUGUAUAUAAACAAUUUUUGUGCUAGUGUAAUCCAAUUAAAAAAUAACAUGUGUCUAAGAUCCAUUUGCUAAUGCUUAGCUUAACUUUAAACUCAAUUUAAUCUAUCUUUUCUUAUUCUUAAAACUCAAUUAAUGUAGGUAUUUUUUAAAAUCGAAUUGCCAUUUGUGAAGCUUUUUGUACCCUUUGCAAGCCUAUUAAUAUAUGUAUUUAUAAAGUUAGAUGAGAUUAAGGUUAGGGUUAGGUAUUUCAAAAUGUACUUUAAAAAUAUCAUUUUUAUAUCUUUGUAAGAUAAUAAAAUUAAUAAACAACUCGUA